UCUCCUACAAUCCCUUCUUAAAGAUCGAGGAGAAGAUGUGCGCUCAAAGAAUUCUGAAUGGAAAAAGAAAAACAUGAGGAAAGAGAAAGAACGACUCUCUCUCUAGGCGAUUUCUAUGCGAUUUUUUUAGGGUUUUUCAAUUUUUUUCACGAUGCAGAAAAAUCAACCUUUAUUUCUUGUUAGUGCUAAUGGGAAGAAUUAAGAUUCAAAUGCUACAACUAAUGAGGCUAAAGCAGGGUCUUUUGUUGAUUUGGUUAAGGGCAAAAAACCAUAUAUGUUAACAGAUUCGGAUUUCACAUCUCUUCCUGAUGCUACUAUUUUUUGUGAUGAACUGACAUUGGAUUUACCUCUUGAUUUAACACAAGAGGGGCGGGAUAUGUUUCAAUUUAGUCUUAUUGGGAGACUAAAUUUCAGAGGAUUAUAACUUAAUGAAGUUCAGAGAAUUUUAGAGGAGCAAUGGAAACUUGGAAAUGGGUGCAAGUUGGUUCCAAUGACAAGGGGUUUUUCAUCAUCAAGCUAGCUAAUGCUGAAGAUAAGGAAAGAGUAUGGCAUGGAGAUUCAUGGGUAGUUCAGAAACAAACUCUUAGGGUUCUCAAUUUUUCCACAGUUUUGAUCCAGAACGUCAAAGUACAUCUCAUGCUUCUGUUUGGGGACUAUUCUGAGGAGACUGGGAAUGUUCAAGCUACCCAAAUAAAUGAGCGUAGUACUGUUGAUGCACUUAGGAGUGAAAAUAAGCAUGCUAAAUAUGAUUGGAAAGAAGUGCGAGGUAGAAAGAAAAAUGGGCAGGGUGCUGUUAAUUCAGUGAAUGCCGCUGCAAGUGUAGCUUCUAUGGAUCAGUUUAACAAGGAAAAGCAUGUUGCAGGUGUGGUGGGUGAUGUUUCAACACCUUUGGUGAAUGAUUUGUUCAGGUCUGAACCAAUUUGCUUUACAAAUUUUUUUCAAGUGCUUACUGCUGAACUUGGUAUUAGAGAGGAGGAUGGGAAAGUUAAUAUUAAUGUGUAAACUGAUGAGGAAUCUGAUGUUCAGUAUGUUGGCAACCCUGAAUUAGAGGUUGUUUCUAUGGCAACUGAAGUCAAAAAUUCAAAAGAUUGGGGUUCCAUUUUGGAUGCUAAAACUGAUAGUAGAGAUACAGGUAUAGUUCACUCUGUAGGGGUUGAUAAACAGUUGGCGUUGGAACUGGCUGAAGCUGAAGCAAAAUAUAAUUUGGCCUUGGAUGAAUUGGAAAAAAAAUAAGAAAGCCCUAGCCGACAGUAUGCCUGAGGAAGACAAAACAGAUUUGGAACAAGGUGAAUAUUCUGAUGAUUCAGAAUUUUAUAACGUGGAGUCAGAUAUAAAUCAGGAUAUAGGUGAAGAUAUCCAGGCCAGAAUGAGAGCACAUGAAGCUAAACAGGUUUUGGCUGGGGCGUAAGAAUCAACAAGAAAAUUGCCGGGAUUUGGAGACCUCUCAUGCGCUGAAAAAUUUGGGUACCAAGGCCCAACAGAGAUCACCUAAGACCAAUUAUAGGUCUUCUAUUCUCAAGAGGUGGAGUCCUAUUCUCAAGAUACAGUUAUGAAGAUCACUCCUAAGAAGAAAAAAACGAAAAUAAACAAUUUUGUCUUUUUUUUUAUUUAUUAUUUUGUUGUGAUUUAAGGGUUCUUCAACUCUUAUGUGUUUUUGAGUUUUCAUUUUUCACCCCUUUGGUUUAUGGGGGUGGGGGGCGUGCCCCCAUUUGUAGUUCUUGUAGUUACGUUUUUUUUUUGCUGCAAUAAACCAUUUGGACUUAGCA